AUGAAAAUUUAUAAUAAAUUACCUUGGUUUAAUUGGGUUGUUUUGAAAUUUGGACGUUUUCGUGAAUAUGAAGUUGGUGAGCAUUUUCGAAUAUCUUUACGAAUACUUCGUAACAUCAACGUAACACAGCGUACUCAUAACACACCAACGACUACUUCAGGCACCAUAAAACCCACUCUACGGAAAGUGACGAAUACAUACAAACGAACUCCAGCAAGAAACCCAGAAAGCGACGAAUUCACACAAACGAACUCUAGAAUAAAUACCGAAAGAGGCACUAUUGAAAGCAACAAACUCACAGAAGAAAUUCAAAGUGACUCACCGCAAGUUACAAAUUCGCACGGUGAAACGGCACCAAAAUCGACACUGAGUCACGCAAGCGAAACACGCGCCAAAAUUGACACCAAGGCGAUAAGCUUACACAAGCGAAGCUCCAGAAAUACCGUAAGUGACGUUACGAAAUCUACUGAAAGCGAUGAACUCACACAGGCGAAUCUUCAACAACAGCACCGAAAGAGAAACCACAAAUUCACUACAACAAUGCCGAAAUCAAUGGAGCACACCAGCGAAACCUAA